AUGACGCCAAGGGAGUCAGGGAUUUGCUCAAUGAAGGCUUGCGGCGAGAUCUACAUCCUUGGAAGAGGGUUUUCGGUGAAUCUACGAUUCUUAGAAUCAGUGAUGAAAGCCGAGAGUGAGGCAUUGGUUACUAAAUCUAAUGGGACUAAUGGGCUUCUAACAUGUUGCAUAUGCCCCAGCAGCAUUUUUGGGCCUGGUGAUAGCCUGUUGGUGCCUUCCCUAUUUGAUGCUGCCAGAAAAGGGAAGUCUAAGUUCAUUAUUGGUGAUGGAAAUAAUGUUUAUGAUUUGACAUAUGUUGAAAAUGUGGUUCAUGCCCAUAUAUGUGUUGAUCGAGCUCUAGUUUCAAAAGGACCAAUUUCAGAAAAAGCUACAGGAGAGGCAUAUUUCAUAACAAAUAUGGAGCUUAUGAAAUUUUGGGAGUUCAUGUUAGUGGUAGUGAAAGGUCUUGGAUAUGAAUGCAAGACUGUAAAGACAAACCAAUAUCCAUCACUACAAAGACACACAUUUGUAAAAUGGUGGACACAAUUUGACUCAUCCAAAGCAGAUCCAGAACAAGUAAAAGUCUGGUUCCAAUCCCAUCCAGAAUUCCUCAAAGCAGCUAAUCAAGAAACUUCUGUGUUUUUGAACCAAAAGUCUCAUCUGGCAGCAUUUUUAGCAGGAUCGAAAUCAAAGGAGGUCCUAGCUAAAAAUCUAAAGGAAGUUCUACAAAUGUUACAGCAGGAAGAAGAAGGUUCAUCCUCAAAGAAGGAAGAAACAAGUUCUGCUGAAGAAGAAGAAGAAGACCCCUUUUACCAAAACGAAGAUGAUUGUUUUGGUAUCUGUUUAGAUUAA